CAAUUUCUCAUCGUCGUCGCCUCUCUCUCUCUCUCUCUCUUUGUCUCUCUCUCUCUCUGUGCGUGCGUCGUUGAAGGAUCCUAGGGCAUACGCCGAAGACUCGGAUACUCAUUCUCAGGAGAGAAAGGCGGGGAGAAAACGCUUACCCUAGAUCUGAUCGCUCGAGAUAGAGGGCAAAGAAGCGUUGGAAGCCUCGUUACCUCCUAUUGAGCCGAAUAAGAGGAUAGUAGUCCUUCUUUCUCCCUUUUUUCUGUUUUCUGCACAAGGAACGAAGCUUUUUCUGCGAAUUUUUUGAGGGGAAAUUGGUGUGGUUCGGGAAAGAAUUUGGUUUGACGGUUUAAGGCUUUCUGGGUGGGUGGUUUGCUUUACCUGGAAAUGAAACAUUUGGGGGUUUCGGCUCUUUGAUUGUCUCAAAUAAUUUUCGGUUUGUGGGUCGUCGAGAUUUCUGCUUAUUUUGGGUGGUUUUAGCUGGAGAAGAGCUUUCUAGUUUUUCAUUUUUUAAUCUUCGCCUUCUGGUGGGACCUUGACGUUUGGGGUUUCGGAUGGAGGCUGACUAAUUUGGGGUUUGGUUUUGCGGAUUGAGUGCCGAGAAGAUGUGGAGAAUGAAGGUAGUACCGAAUUUGUGUAUUUAGUGUCUUCUCUGCUGAGCAACGGAGGAACGUCGCUGGUGGAGGAACCGAUUACGGAAGUUGGUGGUGAUAGAGUGUUGAUUGUGCGCAAUGAAUAGCUCGGAUUCGUCAGGAGCUACUGGGAACAGUAGGCAUAGCGACCAUCUAGGCGUGAACAAUCAGUCGCAUAAGAUAGCGAAGAACGUAAGAAAGAGCCCCAUUCAUCAGUCUAACUAUGGGAACGCCAGGCAGCAACAGCCUCAGCCUCAGGUUUAUAACAUCAACAAGAGCGAAUUCAGAAAUAUAGUCCAGCAAUUGACGGGUUCCCCAGCGCCUGAAAGACCACCGCCGCCUGCUGUUCAUCCUCCUAAACCGCCUAGCAUGCGGUUACAAAAAAUACGGCCGCCGCCCUUGAUGCCGAUCAGUAGGCCUCAAGCAGUUCCUCAGCCGGUUGUGCCGCCGCACUCUUCUUUCAAUAACGCAGUUGGAUACAAUGCUGCACCGCCUGCUCCCAUCAGCAACAAUAGCAACAAUAUGGUUCCUAAUCCAAUGUUUUUUGCUAGGCCAAACAAUCCGAACUUUCUGCCUAGCCCUACAUUUUCACCUUUGCCACCUCUAACGCCAGGAGAUGCAAUAUGGGCCAAUACAGCUGAGUCGCCUAUUUCUGCUUACAUGCGUUACCUUCAGAACUCCAUUGUGGAUCCUGGUCCUCGCUCUGCUCAACAACAACAAUUCCCUCCUGGUUUGCUCCCUACCCCACCACCAGUGCUGCCAUCACCUCAGGCGAACCCUCCUCCACUUCUUCCUUCUCCUACUUCGCAGUUUCUUUUGCCCUCGCCCACUUUCCUGCCAUUAUCAUCUCCUCGUUCGCCGUUCCCAUUGCCAUCACCAGGAUCCCUAUUCCCUUCUCCAGGUUUUUUCUCGUUUCCUUCACCAUCACAGUCAGGGAUACUAGGGCCUGGACCUCAGCUUCCACCACCAUCUCCAGGGUUCUUGUUUCCUUCGUCGCCUGUAGGUAGAUUUCCCAUUUCAAGUCCACGGUGGAGGGAACCGUAAGGGAACAGUAGUCAUUUCUUGACAUGGAGCAGCACCGUUUCCAGAGGGUUUUUCCCACUGAAGGUAGCUCAGUUUCUUGUUUAUAACUGGUUGACACCUUGGAGAUAAUUGUGCAUGAUCAUCUUGCCUCUUAGCAUGAAAGAAGAUUCCAUAUGGGCAUUUGUUACAUACUUAGGAGGGCACAUAAUGCAAAUUGGCUUCCUUUAUUUUCUACCUUUUGUUGUUUUUUUUUGUCUUUUGUGGGCUUGUAUUGCAUUACUUAAUUGUAUGGAUAAUUACAGUCUCUUGGCUAUUGGAAGAAGCAUUUCUAUUUGUUGUAGAA